AUGCAAAAUGAACAAAAAACGCGAGAAGAAGUGAAACCCCAGCAGAAGGUGACGACUAAAAAGCAGCGAAGACUAGAGCGCAAAUUAGCCAGUGGAGUUCCAAGUGCAACCUGCGACGCUUUCGAGAAAAUCAACUACUUGCACCAAGCAGCUUCUUAUCUUUCCUACCAAGUACCUGAAUGUCCUGAAUUGGGAAGAUACUAUAUGUACAAUGUCAAACAACUCUGUCAGAAGAUGUGCCUCAAAAUUGACCCAGCUAUUAAGCGACUGUCAUGCAAGUUCUGUCACACAUUUUUGAAACCUUUAGACAACGUAGAGCUGAAAAUUAAAGAGCACGGCAAGCGAAAGUUUUGUGAAUUACAUUGCAGCACAUGCGGACAGGUUAAACGUUACCCUUUAGAGCAUUACAAAAAGCAAAAAGCCAAGAAUGAUCGAAAAAAAUAUAUCGAUGCCAAGAUUGCGUAG